AUGUCUGAUCCACUGAAAAACCCUAAACUGCCAAAAAUCUCGCCUUUGGAUAAUAUCCUUUCUUUCUCUCACUAUUACAAGAGCUGUCCAGAUGUCGAACGCAUUAUCAGCAGGAAAGUGAAUGAAUGGAUCAAAAAGGACUACACUCUUGCCGCCAGUCUCAUUAGGUUGCACUUCCAUGACUGCGCUAUCCGGGGAUGUGACGCUUCUAUUCUCUUGAACCAUGAUGGGAGUGAAAGGAUGGCUAAUGUAAGUAGGUCAUUGAGAGGGUUUGAAGUGAUUGAUGAUAUAAAACAAGAGCUUGAGAGGAAGUGCCCCAAGAUGGUCUCCUGUGCCGAUAUUCUUACCGCUGCAACCAGAGAUGCCACUGUUGCUGUUGGAGGUCCGUUCUGGAUGGUGCCCUUCGGGAGGAGAGAUGGACGUGUUUCUCUUGCUAAGGAAGCGGAAACGGUGCCUAUGGGUCGUGAAAAAAUCACUGAGUUGAUCGAGUUCUUCCAGUCCAAGGGAUUGAAUAUACUCGAUCUGGUUGUCCUCUCUGGAUCACAUACCAUUGGAAGGAGUACAUGUGGUUCAGUACAAUAUAGGCUAUAUAACUUCAAUGGUACAGGCAAACCAGAUCCUUCCAUUGAUGUUCAAUAUUUGAAUUUCUUGAGAAGAAAAUGCAGAUGGGCUUCCGAAUAUGUUGAACUUGACGCGACAACCCCUAAGAAAUUCGACAAUGUGUACUACACAAAUCUUCAGAAAAAGAUGGGAUUAUUAUCGACUGAUCAAAUGCUGUACUCCGAUUCAAGGACUUCGCCUUUAGUCGCUGCAAUGGCUUCCCAACCCUCAAUCUUCCAGAGCCAGUUCGCGGUGUCCAUGGUGAAGCUUGGGAAUAUUCAAGACCUUUCAAGUGAAGAUGAAGGCGAAAUUCGAGUGAAUUGCAAUUAUAAAAAUUAUUAG